AUGGAAUAUUCAUCUGUUCAAUUGAAUGAUUUACUUGAUGAAAUUAUUUUUAUUAUUUUCAAAAAGUUAAAUAAACUUGAUGUACUGUACUCUUUCAUAGAUGUUAAUAAACGACUCAAUGAAAUUGUGCAUGAUCCCACUUUUACUAGUGGUUUAACAUUAUUCAAUUAUUUAUCGUGUGAUUAUAUUUAUCCAUUAUCUGAUUUAAUGCUUGAUCGAUUUUGUUUACAUAUCUUACCUAAAAUAGGUCAUAAAAUCAAAUGGCUUGAUCUUGAACCAUUAUCUAUGAAACGUAUUCUUCUUUCUGCAAAUUAUCCAAAUUUAUUUGGACUUGGUAUAUAUAACAUUGAAAAACAGGCUGUUUUAAAUCUAUUCACUGACAAAACUUCUUUAAUGCAUAGAUUCAAAAAUGACAUCUUAUCAUUUAUGAUUAAAACUAUUAACAUACAACAAGGUGAUCCAAUAAAUUUGGAUACACUUAUGUUCACACAUAUUUUUAAUAUGUUCACUAACUUACAAUAUUUAAAUUUCGAUCCAUUUUUUCUUUGUUAUCAACGAAUAUCAUUCUGCUCUUCACCUCCAACUGUGUUCUCUUCAACUUUAUUAGAAUUGCGUGUCAAAGUCAUGUAUCUUAAAGAUUGUCUUUAUUUACUUGAUGGUCGUUUCAAUCAACUUCGGACAUUUUGUGUUGAUAUAGGAAUGUCACCUUCUCCUCGUUCGGAAAAGCUACCAAAUUUACGAUGUUUUUCAUUAUCUUGUCUUUUGAGUAUAUAUUUUUAUGAUACAGUAAUCAUACCACUUUUACAUCGAAUGUCAAAUUUAGAACAACUUAGUUUGUAUUUAUCGCACGCUCAUCGCAAUAGAUUUAUUAAUGGAAAUGACUUGAAACAAAAUAUUAUUGAUUAUUUACCACGAUUAAAUCAAUUUCGGUUUAAUAUUCGUUCAAUUAUGUUGUUAAAAGAUCAAAUUGAUUUACCAUCUAAUGAAGAUAUUCAACAUACAUUCAAAGAUUUUUUAAAUAAUAAAAUUAUUUCUUGUGUCAAUUAUUUUCUAGAAGAUAGUAAAGGUGAAUGUCUUAUCUAUUCAUAUCCAUCAGAGAUGGGACCGGUAAUGUUACUUAAUAAAUUAGAUAUAAAUAAAUUUUAA